UAAUUAGGAUUUUAAGUUAACCAGAGGACCAGGUGAACCUGAAACUAUAACUGAACCUGUUGGCUUACCUGAGUUACAACCCGGACACCUGGCAAGUGGGUGUAUGAUUGCGAUAUCGGGCGGAAUCCCGUCGAGAAAUCGCCGCUGGAGAGGAUGUACAAGAUCCUGGGUUUCGGUUGCUCCGGCAUUGGUCUGCGAUUGGCCUCCGUCAGGCGAUGCAAUGCCCGUCUGGUGAGCGGAAAUGCCGCCGCGGAUCCGUCGGAUGAGCAAGUGCUGCGGAAGCGUAAGUUCCAGCCCUCGAAGGCCCCGGACCUGAGGGAGGAACUAGCCGGCCAGCUGCCGUCCCAGGCUCGGGUGGUCAUCUGUGGAGGCGGCAUCACUGGCGCCUCGGUGGCCUACCAUCUCGGCCUGGCCGGAUGGGGCGGGGAGACACUGCUGGUGGAACAGGAUCGAGUGGGCGGAGAGCUGCCCUGGAGCGCCUGCGGUCUGGCCGGACGCUUCGAGCCCAGCUACACGGAGCUGAAGCUGGCCGAGUACUCCAUCGAUCUCAUCAAGAACUUGGCCGAACGCGGCCUGCCCACCGGCUGGCGUCAAGUGGGCAGCUUGAAUCUGGCCCGCAGCUUCGACCGGAUGACCUCCUUCAACCGGAUGAAGUCCCAGGCCGUUGCCUGGGGCAUGCACUGCGAAAUCCUCUCGCCGGAGCAGUGCAAACAGCACUGCGAACUGCUCUCGCUGGACGGCAUUGAGGGCGGCCUGUGGAUACCCGAGGACGGUGUGUGUGAUCCGCACCUGGUGUGCCAGGCCUACAUGGAAGAAGCCCGCCGCCUGGGCGUUCGUGUGGUGGAGCACUGUGCCAUCAAGAAGAUCCAGAGCGAGCACGGCAAGGUGAGGCGCGUGGAGACCACGGCCGGAGACAUCGACUGCGAGUACUUUAUCAACUGCACCGGUUUCUGGGCCCGCGAAGUGGGUACUCUGUCCAAGCCAGUGGUCAAAGUGCCCCUGAAAGCCGUGGAGCAUCACUAUCUUCACACCAAACCCAUCGAGGGACUCAGUCCUGAUACCCCGUUUGUGCGCGACUUCGAUGGGCGCAUCUUCUUCCGCGAAUGCGAGGGCCACAUCCUGGCCGGCGGCUUCGAGCGGGAAGCCAAAAUGGUCUACGAGGACGGCGUCAUACCGCUGUCCCAGACGGCCCGCCAACAUCCUCCGGACUGGGAUCAUUUUCACGAACUGCUGGACGCCCUGCUGUUGCGAGUGCCCAGCUUCCGGGAGGCCAAGCUGGACAGGCUGACCAAUUCCCUGCAGGUCUUCUCGCCGGACUGCAAGUGGAUUCUGGGCGAGGCGCCUGAAAUACAGAACUACUAUGUGGCAGCCGGCAACAAGACCAUGGGCGUCUCUGCCUCUGGCGGCAUUGGCCGCGUACUCACCGACAUGAUUACCAAAGGAUCCACCUACCUGGAUCUGCAUAUUCUGGACAUAAGCCGGUUCCUGGGGCUCCACAACAACCGCAAGUUCCUGAGAGAUCGCUGCAAGGAGGCGCCCGGCAAGCACUUCGAGAUCAACUAUCCCUUCGAGGAGUUCCAAACGGGCAGGAAUCUGCGCAUGUCGCCCAUUUAUCCGCAGCUCAAGGAAGCUGGUGCAGUCUUCGGCCAGUCUAUGGGCUACGAAAGGCCCAACUACUUCGAUCAGAACGACAAAAAGGAUGAGUUUGGUUUACCUCGCUUCCGGAUCGCCCAGACCCGGACCUUUGGGAAACCCCCCUGGUUCGACCAUGUGGCCUCCGAGUAUCGCGCCUGCCGCGAGAGAAUAGGCAUCGCCGAUUACAGUUCCUUCACCAAAUACGACUUCUGGUCGAAGGGCAACGAGGUGGUGGAGCUGCUCCAGUACCUCUGCUCCAACGACGUGGACGUGGCCGUUGGGUCCAUCAUCCAUACGGGCAUGCAAAACCCCAACGGCGGCUACGAGAACGACUGCUCCCUGGCCAGGCUAUCGGAGAAACACUACAUGAUGAUUGCCCCUACCAUCCAGCAGACCCGUUCCAUGUGCUGGAUCAGGAAGCACAUGCCGGACCACCUGAGGGCCAAGGUGAACGUGGCGGAUGUGACCUCCAUGUACACGGCCAUUUGCAUCCUGGGCCCCUACUCGCGCAUCCUGCUCUCCGAGCUAACUGACACGGAUCUCACGCCCAAGAGCUUCCCCUUCUUCACCUAUAAGGAACUGGAUGUUGGCUUGGCGGAUGGCAUUCGGGUUCUCAACAUCACCCACACCGGAGAACUGGGCUAUGUCCUUUACAUACCCAACGAGUAUGCCCUGCAUGUCUACUCCAGACUCUACCAGGCGGGCCAGAAGUUCAACAUACAGCAUGCUGGCUACUAUGCCACGCGUGCCUUGAGAAUCGAAAAGUUCUACGCCUUUUGGGGCCAGGAUCUGGAUACCUUCACCACGCCCCUGGAGUGCGGACGCAGCUGGCGGGUGAAGUUCAAUAAACCCAUCGACUUCAUAGGACGCAGUGCUUUGUUGAAGCAGCGGGAGGAGGGCGUUAAGCGAAUGUAUGUCCAGCUGCUGCUCAACGACCAUGACCACGAGGUGGACAUGUGGUGCUGGGGCGGAGAGCCCAUAUAUCGGGACGGCGUCUACGUGGGCAUGACCACCACCACUGGCUAUGGGUACACGUUCGAGAAGCAGGUCUGUCUGGGAUUCGUGCGAAACUUUGAUGCCGAAGGCAAGGAGCUGCCGGUGACCAACGAGUACGUGCUCUCCGGCCACUACGAGGUCGAGGUGGCUGGCGUGCGAUUCGAGGCCAAGGUCAACCUGCAUUCACCCAACCUGCCCACCAAGUUUCCGGAUCGCGAGCGCGAAGCCUAUCAUGCCACGCGCGACAAACCGGAUCAGGCGGAUCUAUUGUCCUUCGCUGGCCCCACCAUGGUCACCGGCACUGGCAUCCAAACGGGCGGUGAGCUAUGAGG